GGUUUACUGGGAGGACCGGAAGGACUCGAGAGGAGGCUUACACCAUGGCGGGUCCUGUCAGCUUACGGGAGCUUCUAAUGGGAGCUUCAGCUUGGACGAGCUCAGAAAGUCCCGGAGAGUCCCCUACAGAGGGCGGAGCGAGCGCGGCUGGCGGACCGGAGCCCCCCUGGCGAGAGGAUGAGAUCUGCGUGGUGGGAAUCUUCGGAAAGACGGCUCUGCGCCUGAAUUCUGAGAAGUUCUCUCUUGUGAACACCGUGUGCGACCGGCAGGUCUUUCCCCUCUUUCGCCAGCAGGAUCCUGGGGAUCCAGGGCCCGGAAUCAAGAGCGAGACUGGCACGGCUGGGGAGGCUGGUGGAGCCGGGGACCCUGGGGCUGCCGCCGGGGACCCCGUUCGGGGCGGUGCCUCUGCCGCGGAAGGUAGCCGAACCGAUCCAGGUUCCCAGGACUACAGCCUUCUGCAGGCCUAUUACAACCAAGAAAGCAAAGUUCUCUAUCUUCUUCUCACUUCCAUCUGUGACAAUUCACAGCUUCUGCGAGCUUGUCGGGCCCUUCAGAGCGGGGAAGCUGGAGGUGGCCUCUCUUUACCUCAUGCGGAAACGCACGAGUUCUGGAAGCAUCAGGAGAAGCUGCAGUGCCUCAGUCUCCUUUACCUUUUCUCCGUCUGUCACAUCCUGCUCCUGGUCCAUCCCACUUGUUCCUUUGACAUCACUUAUGAUCGAGUGUUCAGAGCCCUGGAUGGACUGAGACAGAAAGUACUGCCUCUCCUCAAAACAGCCAUUAAAGAUUGUCCGGUGGGCAAAGACUGGAAGCUUAAUUGCCGACCUUGCCCACCAAGGCUCCUUUUCCUCUUUCAACUCAAUGGCGCCCUCAAGGUGGAACCCCCUCGGAACCAAGACCCAGCUCAUCCAGACAAGCCCAAGAAACAUUCUCCCAAAAGGAGACUGCAGCAUGCCCUGGAGGAUCAAAUCUAUAGAAUCUUCCGGAAGAGUCGUGUCUUGACUAAUCAGAGUAUCAACUGUCUCUUUACUGUGCCUGCCAACCAAGCUUUUGUGUACAUUGUCCCCGGAAGCCAGGAAGAGGACCCAGUAGGCAUGUUGCUGGACCAACUUAGGAGUCACUGUACUGUUAAGGACGCGGAGUCUUUGCUGGUGCCUGCACCCCUUUCUGGGCCCAGGCGAUACCAGGUGAUGAGACAGCACAACCGACAGCAACUUUCCUUCCAUAUUGACAGCAGCAGUUCGAGUUCUUCAGGCCAGCUAGUGGAUUUCACUCUCCGGGAAUUCCUAUGGCAGCAUGUGGAGCUAGUCUUAAGCAAGAAGGGCUUUGAUGACAGCGUGGGCAGGAACCCACAGCCUUCCCAUUUUGAACUUCCCACUUACCAGAAGUGGGUCUCAGCAGCUUCAAAACUGUAUGAAGUAGCUAUUGAUGGGAAAGAGGAGGACUUGGGUUCACCCACUGGGGAGCUAACAUCUAAGAUUUUAAGCAGUAUUAAAGUCUUGGAAGGGUUUUUGGAUAUUGACACAAAAUUCUCAGAAAACCGAUGCCAAAAAGCUUUACCCAUGGCCCAUAGUGCUUACCAGUCAAAUUUGCCUCAUAAUUACACAAUGACUGUUCAUAAGAAUCAGCUUGCCCAGGCUCUUCGAGUGUACAGUCAACAUGCUAGAGGUCCAGCCUUUCACAAGUAUGCCAUGCAGUUACAUGAGGACUGCUACAAAUUUUGGAGCAAUGGCCAUCAGCUCUGUGAGGAGAGGAGUUUAACUGAUCAACACUGUGUACAUAAAUUUCACUCAUUACCUAAAUCAGGAGAAAAACCAGAGGCUGACAGAAAUCCUCCUGUGCUGUAUCACAACAGUCGGGCUCGAUCCACUGGUGCCUGUAACUGUGGCAGGAAACAAGCACCUCGAGAUGAUCCCUUUGAUAUCAAGGCAGCUAACUAUGACUUUUAUCAGCUUCUGGAAGAAAAAUGUUGUGGAAAAUUGGAUCAUAUCAAUUUCCCAGUAUUUGAACCAAGUACUCCAGAUCCUGCUCCUGCCAAAAAUGAAUCCUCUCCUGCCCCUCCAGAUUCAGAUGCUGAUAAACUUAAGGAAAAAGAACCUCAAACCCAAGGAGAGAGCACAAGCCUAAGUCUAGCUUUGAGUCUGGGCCAGUCCACAGAUAGCUUAGGUACCUAUCCAGCUGAUCCGCAAGCAGGAGGAGACAAUCCAGAAGUUCAUGGUCAAGGAGAAGUGAAAACUGAGAAGAGGCCAAACUUGGUUGAUCGACAAGCAUCCACAGUUGAGUAUCUUCCAGGCAUGCUACAUUCAAAUUGCCCUAAAGGUCUCCUACCCAAAUUCUCCAGCUGGUCUUUGGUUAAACUAGGUCCUGCCAAAUCGUAUAACUUUCAUACAGGUUUGGACCAACAGGGCUUCAUUCCAGGAACAAACUAUCUUAUGCCUUGGGACAUUGUCAUCAGGACUAGAGCUGAAGAAGAAGGAGACUUAGACACAAAUUCUUGGCCUGCUCCAAAUAAAGCUAUUCCUGGAAAGAGAAGUGCAGUUGUAAUGGGAAGAGGAAGACGGCGAGACGACAUAGCUCGAGCUUUUGUGGGCUUUGAGUAUGAAGAUUCUCGAGGUCGGAGGUUCAUGUGCUCGGGACCUGACAAAGUAAUGAAAGUAAUGGGAAGUGGACCCAAGGAAUCAGCUUUGAAAGCCCUAAACAGUGAUAUGCCCUUAUAUAUUCUGUCAUCAUCUCAGGGUAGAGGGCUCAAACCACAUUAUGCUCAACUUAUGAGGCUUUUUGUAGUGGUUCCUGAUGCUCCUUUGCAGAUAAUACUAAUGCCUCAGGUUCAGCCAGGCCCACCACCAUGUCCAGUAUUCUAUCCAGAAAAACAAGAAAUCACUCUCCCACCUGAUGGCCUUUGGGUUUUGAGAUUUCCUUAUGCAUAUGUGACUGAGAGAGGACCUUGUUUCCCUCCCAAGGAAAAUGUACAGUUAAUGAGCUACAAGGUGCUCCGUGGGGUUCUUAAAGCAGUAACACAGUAAGAGUUUUCCAGCUAGUCUAAUCUUAAGGUUGAGCUGAUUUCUGUUGUGGGUUGGGGAUUUUUUUAGUAUAUGUAUUCUGUGUUUUCCUAAACCCAAAAAUGUGUUUUGGUUACAGGAGUUCAGUAUUUGGACAAUAAUUGUUCUAUUAUUUGAUGGUAUCAUUGAUAUUUAUUGUAAAUAGGACUACAACUUCAAAAUAAAGAUUGGUUGUUCUAGAAAAAGAGAAAUGAAUAUAUGGUUAAUACCUCUUUUUUCUUGUUUUUGUUUCACUGUACGUAAUAAAACAUGUGGUUUUUUUUUAAUCAUAAAUUAAUGUUGUAUAACCAUGUUGGGCCCAAACUGUUUUGACUAAAAUGAUGUUAUAGCUGGGAUUUUUUUCUUAAGAUGCUGCUCCCUGAAAUUAUCUUCAAAACAGAAUGGUCCAUUAGGUUAUCUGGUAAUGAAACAAGGACUAAUUUGACUUAAUUGCAGAAAAGAAAUGAACAAACAAAAAACUAGAUGUUUUGCUCACAAUUCUGGUACUUUAGAUUGUUUUGUUCUUAGUAUUUCAUUCUUGAACUGUUGAGACACCACAUCUUAAAUGAAUGCCAGCUGAACUUAAAACUUUUUAAUCCAAGAUAUUAAUCCUUUAUUCUUGAAUAACUCUUCUACUGUGAAGCAAUUUACUAGGUAUUACAAAUCAGUCUAUAGUAACUUUUUCUAGCAUCAACAUGGUACACACCAUGAUAUCACCCUCUAAUUGGUGAUAUGUCACCAAUUAAGUAAGUGUGCAAAAUAAGUUAACAUAUCAAAAACUCUAGUGUAAUUGGUUAUGUUUUCCUAUAUGCAUGAAAUUUGAAAUGCUGGACUAGUAAAAUUGGAGAUUUUAGUCUCAGCAUAUAUGAACUUUUUUUUAAUUAAUUAAUUUUUUUUUUUUGACAGGCAGAGUGGACAGUGAGAGAGAGAGACAGAGAGAAAGGUCUUCCUUUGCCAUUGGUUCACCCUCCAAUGGCCGCCGCGGCUGGCGCACUGCGGCCGGCGCACCACGCUGAUCCGAUGGCAGGAGCCAGGUACUUAUCCUGGUCUCCCAUGGGGUGCAGGGCCCAAGUACUUGGGCCAUCCUCCACUGCACUCCCUGGCCACAGCAGAGAGCUGGCCUGGAAGAGGGGCAACUGGGACAGAAUCCGGUGCCCCGACCGGGAGUAGAACCCGGUGUGCCAGUGCCACAAGGCGGAGGAUUAGCUUAGUGAGCCGCGGCUCCAGCCAGCAUAUAUGAACUUAACACAUCUUUUGAAGUUAUUAUUUGUGUUCUUGUAAAAUUUACUUAUAAGGCAGAGGCAGAGACUUCAUUAUUUGGUUCACUCCCCAAAUGCCUGCCAUAGCUGGGGUGGGGCCAGACCAAAGCUAGGAGCAUCCAACAAUUUGAAUCUCCCAUGUGUGUGGCAGGGACCCAAGUAUUUGAACUAUCACCUACUGUUUUCCAAGGUAUACAUGAGCAGGAAGCUGGAAUGGGACGCGAAGCCAGGACUCGAAUCCAGGCUCUAUAUCAUGGGAUGCAGGCAUCUCAAGAGGUGUCUCAACUGCUGUAUCAAAUGUCUGUGUCCUGUUAUUUGGGUUUUGAUUUAGAAAUAUAUAGGGAAAAACAUAACAGGCAGCUGAUUUAGAACUAUAAUGUAAUUAGGUGUUUGUUAAUGUCUAUUAUAGUUUGUUUAGGAAAAGGAGAAUGAGAGCCCAUUUGAUCUUACAUCCCAUCUUUGUUCUUCACUCUUUCUCUGAUAACAAUUUUGAAAAUCACAAUUACUAUAUGCUAAGCGUGGCUCUUGGUUUCAUUAAAUUGCAUACUGCAUUUAGAAAGUACAGCUAGAUUGCCCUGUAGGACAUGUUCUAAUAGUUUUUGUUUUAUUUCAAUAACCUUAGAGACUUGAAUAACAGAUUGUAUAAAAUUAUAGGCUAAAGUUCUGUAAGAGAAUAGUUUUAAAAAACACGCUCUGAAAAGCAAAUUCUUUUUCUUCUUUGUUUCCUUUCUUUAUUUUUGGUGUCAUCCUAUGUGAAACUUUACAUUCCUGCUAAAAUUUGUAAAUGAUUUUCUUGAUUAUUUUGUUACAGAAGCCACCCUAAUUUGAAUUUCUAUAGAAUUUUAAAGACCAAACUUUUAUGCUAAAAGAUAAUUUCAGUACUUAUUCAUGUUGGUUUGUAUCCAUAAAUAGGUUCACAGAAUAGGAAAGUGGGCUAUACAGUUUGUACUGCUUAACUACCUUCUCUUUAGUCAUAUAAACCUUAUUUCAGCACAUUUCAAAAAUGAUGAUUUUAUUAAAUUGUACUUUUUCUGUAGCAGUA